AUGCGGUGUCUGGCUGUCGCCCUGGGCCUGGGCCUGAGCUUGGGCAUGGUCGAUUGGGUGGCUGGUGGUGCCGUGCUGGAUUUCGAGUUUGAAGCGCCGGAAUGGUUCGAGGGCGAGGUCUGGGAGAGUCAAGAUCCGGCUGAUAUCCGCGACGUGUUGCUGCUCAACAACGUUUCGACCAUUGGCAUGAAGCAACGGCCUUUGCUGCGUUCAAGCCAGAACAUCAGCCCAGAUCAACUUGAUGCGGGGGUGUGCAUGAGCGACGACAGCUCCUCCUCUUUCAAAGCGGCCUGUUUGCCGUCCUUCCUCAUCAUUGGGGCCAUGAAAGCGGCAGGGUAUGUCAUGGACAUGACUGGUCACUGCGUCACAGCCUGCCCAUCUGGCUUCUUCCGUGCUGGUACCUUCUCCACGCAUACGCCACGAUGUGCUCGCGAGCAAGAUGGCGAACCCACAUUUGCGCAAGAAGCAUUUUCCUACUGCGCUGAUGCCUGCCCGGCCAACACAUUUGAAGAUACUUCCCGCCCAUCUCCUGAAUGUGUGGUCUUCUGUCCCAAUAAUCAAGCACCUACCGCCGGCGUUUGUCCCGCUCCACUUCCUGCGGCCAUCGGCUCUCGAGUCUGUCGCAACGUCCUCCCUACUGGCAUUACCCACCAAUGCCAGUUCUAUGCUCUCAAAGCCGACCCUACAUGUGACAUGCUUGUGGGGCAGCUAACUUACCCCAGCAAGUACACGGUAGAUGCCCUACGAGCCAUGAACGUCACUUCUGGGGCCUUGGACGGCUUCCUGCACCUCAAACGAAUUGCUGGGGCUGUCACAGUCUCGAUGACGCUCCUGCCCAAUCUGAACUUUCUAGCCAGCAUUGAAUACAUUGAUUCGGUCAGCCCCAAGUGUUGUCUAACCCCUUGA